AUGGUCAACCUCAGAACUCAAAAGAGAUUGGCAGCCGCCGUCCUUAAGUGCGGUAAGAGAAAGGUCUGGUUAGAUCCAAAUGAAGUCACUGAAAUUGCCACCGCUAACUCCCGUCAAAACAUCCGUAAGUUAUACAAGGAUGGUUUCAUUGUUAAGAAGCCAGCUACUUCCCACUCCCGUUUCAGAGUUAGACAAAAGCACGAAGCUAAGCGUCUCGGUAGACACACCGGUUACGGUAAGCGUCACGGUACUGCUGAUGCUCGUAUGCCAGAAGCUGUUAUGUGGAUGAGAAGACAACGUGUUCUUAGAAGCUUAUUAAGAAAAUACCGUGAAUCUGGUAAGAUCGACAAGCACUUAUACCACGUUUUAUACAACAAGUCUAAGGGUAAUGUUUUCAAGAACAAGCGUGUCUUAAUGGAAUACAUUCACGUCGCUAAGGCUGAAAAGGCCAGAGCUAAGCUCCUCUUCGAACAAGCCGAAGCUCACCGCCAAAGAAACAAGGCCGCCAGAGAAAGAAGACUCCAAAGACAAGCUGAAAAGAAGGCU